AUGUCGUCCGAUGAACAACCGCAGAAGGUGGUGGUCUCCUCCACCGGCCCGUCCAGCGCCGAGCCUGCCGAAUUGGCCGAUUCGACUGCCCCUUCUAUUCCCAUGUCGGCGCUGCUCUUCGGCAUCGGCAACUUCUUUUUCUUCCUCAUUACCUGUGGCGAUUAUACCGUCGUGAGCCUGUUCGCCUACCUGGCCCUCGCCCUUCUCUUCGUCGCUGGCGUCUACGCCAACGGCACCCUCCUGCGAGCCUACCUCAAGAAGGAGAAAUACGAGAACCCCUUCUCCGCCAAGCUCAAGAACCCUUUCGUGCUGGCUGAGGGCGACCUCAAGCCCCACGUCGACGCCUUCGUUGGCGUGGUCAACGACUUCCUCCACCUGACCAGGCACGCCAUCUACUUCACCGACACCGUCUUCUCCGUCAAGAUCGCUGUGAUCGUGUGGUUCAUCGCUAUCGUUGGUGGUGCCUUCUCUGGCAUCGUCCUCCUCUACGGCAUCUUCCUCGCCGCUUUCGUGUGGCCCAGGAUCUACCAGGAGAAGCAGGCCGACAUCGACCGUGUCUACGGCAUCGCCCUCGCUCACCUCAACCAGUACUACGACCUGGUGAUCUCCAAGCUCCCUCUGGGCAAGAAGAAGAAGGAAGAGUAA